AUGGCAGAUAUUGAUGAUCAAAUGGAAUGGAUCAAUGAAGAACGACAGAAAUUAUUGAAAUAUAUCGACCGGUUGAAAAAUGGAAAUAAAUCGGAUAUAUCUCAACAUCGGCAAACGCAACAACGACAACAACAGCAGAUACCACAGCAACGUAAACAACAAAAACAACAACAACAACAACAGAAAGUUACUUCGAACUUGCCAGUACGAAUUCAGCAAAAAGGACCGACAAUUACACCGGCACGACACCCAAUUCUUGCUCCAAUUUCAUCACCACUACCACCAUUUUCUGAAAGAGAACGUCAUAUUAUUACUCCCCAUGUUGAACUUGUCCCAACAGUUUACGAAAACCGAUCCAGAAAGGUGAAUGUACACCCUGAUUUUGAAUUGAAACAAUCCUCCCGAAAACGUCAAAAGUCAAACAUCAAUAUACCGGUGCAAAGCAAUGAUUAUGACUCUGAUUUCCCAAGAUUACAGUCAAACACCUCGAUCAGUUAUGCUGGAGCUUCAACAUCAUACACUGAAAAUGCGAAAACUACGGAAAUGAAUACUUUUGUUCCCAGAUCACUCCCACGUCCUUUAUAUCCCAUAGUUAGGACUACACCAAAGCCGAAGUCACUUACCAAGAUCACACCGUUACAGCAAGGAAUGGAAGUCGCUGCCUAUAUUCAGAACAUGUGUAGUAUGAUUCGUAUCCGAAUGGUUUACAAACGAGAUGUGCCUGUGAAGCUUGGUCAUCAUUUACCCUUACCUCUUCCAUUACCACCUCCUCGUCAAAUGGCCCGUCUGAAUCAAUUGGUUACUAUAGGCGAUAUCACAUUUACAUUGGAUUCUAUCCGACCUAGAAGGAAUCAGUUGCUGGAUUCAAAUGGAAUGGAGAAACGUAAAAACGACCAAUAUUAUGAAAGUCUCUUCUACACCAUAUGGGAAGACGAAGAACCAUCAUUUAUCGCAAGCUGGCCAAUGGAAUGCAAGAAACAAGUAGCCUCUAUUAUCAAUCAAAUCUCCAUUCAAACCAAACUAGCCAUAGAUUCAUUGGGACCUGGAGAAGCUAUUUCGGAAGAUCAUCAUAUAAUUUUGGACAAGGCAAUAGAGCAAACACUUCAACUGGCAAAUACUUAUCAAGACAAUGAGUUGAUUUGGGUUCUUUACACUGAAUUGGCACUUUAUCGUUAUGGUCGAUCAAGAAAAUUGGCAGAUAUUUGUACGCAAGCUCUUCAACAUCAUCAUCUCUCAAUCGAUAUUCAUUGGACAAUGAUUCGCUCAACAUCUGAUGACGUUAAACGAAAUCUUUUGAUCAUUGAACUUUUGAAACUUAUAUCAUCAUCAAGAAAAAAUGCAAACUUCAAUGGUACUUUGGAAAGUGUAUCAGAUGCAACAACUGAAAUUUUACUUCGAUGUCUCCGAAAAGAUGGAUUAACCGGUAUUCUUGGUCAUCUUCUACCAGCAUCCAAUGUGAAACAAUUAUAUGAAUCUAUAGCUCACUUACCCUCUAUUCGUUUAUCCAUGCAAGAUAUUCCUGAACAUGUCUAUCUUCUUGAUCAUGAUGUAUGCUAUCUAUGGCUCUUGAUUGUCUACCACUACGUAUUCAAGUCUUUACCAUUCGAUAACAGCAGAAAACAUUGGUUCCAUCGACAACGACAAACCAACACUGACCAACCGCCUGAAGAUUAUAAGAAUACACUGUUUGUGACUGAUUGGAGUGUGUUGGAAAAGGAUGAGAACAAGUUAACUGGGAUUGAACAAGGCACGGUGACGCUUAUUCAAGUGGAAAUGAUGAAACAUUUUUGCAGCAAGACAAGAAGCAAUGCGGCCAAGAAACCUUUAUUAAUAGCAGUGUGGCGAACCUUAAUGGAAUUUCUCAUGUACCAAGAGCAAUAUCACAUUACUGGAACGCUAUUACUUCUCAAGCAUGAAUUGACAACUGGAUUAGCCCUCAAACCUCUUCAACCGGAAUUUAUUGAUAUGAUUAUGGAUUUGGAACAUAAGAAGGAUAUAAGGAAUUCCCAAGCAUGGAAUAUCAUCACCAAUGAUCAUCUCUCACUUGUUGGCUCAGUACGACAAAAACGCGAUAGAAUACCCCAUGGAUUAUAUUUGGCUUAUCGCUGGGCAGUAUUGAAGAAACUGGAUCAACAACAUACACAUGCGGAUCUUUUGAACUUGGCUUGGCAAUUAGGUCGACCAUUAUGGUAUAUUUACAAUGAACAAACUUUGGAAAAACUGGACAGUAUGAUGAUGGAUGCAUCGACAGGAUCAGAUCGAGGACUUCAAAAAGUAGGCGAAAUACAACAAAUCAAUUAUAUCUGUGGUCUUUAUUCAACAGCUUUAGGGGUCAGUGAUUCGUUUGGUAUGCUACUCUCUCCGUUGUUUAAAAAAAACGAAUUCUCUGAACUAGGUAUGGCUUGGUGUGUUGCUGUUCUUGUUCACUAUAUCCACUCUUUGAUGACCUUGGAUCAACAACUACUGAAUUCAUUUUUGGACAGUACAAUGAACCUUGGAUUCCUUGAUCAUACUGCUGACUCGGAUACGACUUUAGUGCUCAAACAAGUAUGUGACGAUAUUCAUUUUAGAUUAGUACAAUGAACUCUCUCUCUCUCUCCACUCAUAUCAAAUACCCUAUAUCAUUUUCUUUAUUUUUUGAUAUUCAUUUUUUUUAAAAAAAAA